AUGGUCCAUGUCCUCGAAAGGCAAUCUGCGCCGUGGUAUCUGCCGUACCACUGCAGGGGCAUUGUCACUCCCGUCCAGUCCACUUGCAGUUCCACGCUUCCAGGCACCGAGCGACGUGGCGUCGGGAGGGGGCGUGUGCCUGGCAGGCCUCUUCGCUUCGAGCGCAGCACUGACACGACGUCGAUCUACCAAACGACGCUAGCCUCUCUGGAGAUAGCCUUCACUGCUGCACUGGCCAAUCCGAGCCCUUCAAUAGCGGGCUCUAGGCUAAUUCUACAGCCGACGGACACAGCGCGAGGAGGGCACGAAAGCGAGAUCUGGAGCCCACCUUCAGCGAGCGAUGCGGUACCAUUGCCGGAUGUUCCUGGCUAA